GUGGCGACUGUCGACGGGGAUGUGUGUGUGUGCGGUUGAAGGGUGUGUGAGUGUGUGUGUAUGUGUGUGUGUGUAUGUGUGUGUGUGAGGAUGUAUGACGGGAGGACGGAGUGAAGGAAAAGAAAAAGGAAGUGUUGAAGGAUGGAUGAGGCUUAACGUCGCUGCGGACGAGAAUCACAGCGAGUCAUCGUUUCAUCGGAGCUGCAGAGAGGAAGCUUCAUCACUCCAUCUUUGUUUCUGCACGGGAAGGAGGGAAGGAGACAUUGAAGGAGGGAAGGAGACACUGACGGAGGGAAGGAAGGAGACACUGACAGAGGGAAGGAAGGAGACACUGACGGAGGGACAUAAGGAGACACGGAAGGAGACAUUGGAGGAGACAUUGGAGGAGGGAUGCAGGGAGUUUGAGUCUUCACUGAUCCUCUGGUCUUCUGAGAAUCAUGACCUCUCAGGAGGACACGUCGUCCUUCAGGAGGUUCUUUCAGUAUGUGGAGGACAGCUGUCUGAGGACAUACGAUGGCCUGGUGAUCCAGAAUGCCUCUGACAUCGCCAGAGAGAGUGACCGCAUCCGAAACCAGACGAACUGGACAUACCUGCAGGAGAAACACCAGAAGAAGAGACGGCAGGAGGACGCCAUCAAGAGGAUUGGUGAAGAUGUUGCCAUCGCAACAGACGGGGCGUACUCUGGAAAACAUUUCAGGAUGGGUUUCAUGACAAUGCCAGCACCGCAGGACCGUCUGCCACCUCCCAGUCAAGGCUUCGCUGUCCGAUCCCAGUCCCUCCACUCUGUGGGCGGAGGAGACGACGACUCCAACCCCAACCGAAAACAACCCCCACCCAAACCGAAGAGAGACCCCAACACUAAACUGAGCAGCAGCUCCGAGAUGGUGAACGGUGGCUCAGGAGUCGCCAAGAGAGACGUUCAAGAGACCAAAGAGACGUCAGAGCAGGCUGAAGCUCGAUGCCAUCUCUACAGUGAGGACUACAAGAAGAUGCCUCCACCAAAACCCAAAAGGAAUCCAAACACUCAGCUCAGCACCUCCUUCGAUGAAUCUUAUAUUCAUAACCAUGGCAACAAAAAGUCUUCCUUGCGAUGGGACAAAUCUUCGUCCCAGACUCAGAGUCCGGCCUCGAGAGACACAGACGACGAGGAACCCGUCUACAUCGAGAUGGUGGGAAACAUCCUGCGGGAACUGAAAGGUCAGGAAGCUGUGGAGGAUGAGCAGAGCGAGUCGGUGUAUGAGGAGAUGAAAUACCCAAUGUUGGAGGACUUCCUGCAGGACGCUCACUCCGCCAUCAUGGAUCCUGAAGCCUGGGCAUCCCGCGGCUCUCUCUGUGACAUCCCACCACCUUUCCCCAACCUCCUGACUCACCGUCCACCACUGCUCGUCUUUCCCCCUGCCCCUGCUCAGUGCUCUCCCAACUCUGACGAGUCCCCCCUCACCCCUUUAGACGUCACCCGACUGCCCAUGAUUGAUAACGUCUCCUACAGCAAGUCAGGUGGUGUGGAGCAUUCACAGAGCUCCACCCACCACCGCAAGGAGCGAGACCGAGACAGAGACCGAGACCGAGAUCGGGACCGGAACCGGGACCGGGAUCUGCCCUCCACCCACACCAUCACAUCCUCUGGCCGUUCAUCAGCUCCACCUCUCCCCUCCAACCUCUACAAGUCCUCUGGCUCCACCCACAGUGGUCAUGGUUACCCUCGCAGCCAAUCAGCAUGUCCGUCUCCAGUCAGCAUGGGUCGCUCUCUGACUCCUCUGAGCCUUAAGAGACCGCCACCAUACGAUGCUCUGAUGGCAGGAGGAAGUAUGCCUCGUUCAUCCUCUUCCUCCUCUUCAUCCUCACAGAGGGCUGGCGAGGGCGGGGCAAAACUAAGUAACUCCUCCUCCACCCACGGCUCCAUGCAAAAUGUUUCGAUGAGAUCACAGACUCCCACCAGCCCACUGGAUGAACUCAACAACCUGUUUACCUCAAGUAGACAGGUGACGAAGAAAGGAUCAGGAGGCAGGAAGAGCCGAGGGAGUGAAGGAGACUCCAGGUCUCUGCCCAGACAUGGCAGUAAAGACAGAGACGGACAGUCCAGUCCAGGAUCCAGCAGGAUGGGAAGAUCGUCUGUCAGUCCGACUAUGAUGCUGUCUGGAGGAGGAGGAGGAGGAGGAGGAGGAGGAGAAUCAAAGUCAGUGUGUAAACUAGGCCGUUCAGCCUCAACAUCAGGAGUUCCUUCUCCAGGUGGAACGCCACAACGCCAUCAGCAUGAACCACAUCACCCCGCCCUCAGCCAGAUGCCGUGGCUGUGCGGAGACGCCACCAUGAUGGAGAUGAUAGAGAAGAAGAGGAUUCUGUGUCGUGAGAUCAAAGCUCGCCAGCGGCCCGAGAAGAAUCUGUGUAAACAGGACAGCAUGCCCAUCCUGCCCAGCUGGAGGAGGAAGCAGCCGCCGCCAUACUCUGCCCCGCCCACUUCCUCUGGCGCCGGACAGACCAGCACCACCGUGUUCUGGGACACUGCCAUCUGAACCACAGAGAGACAUGAUGAUGAUGAUGAUG